AGAGAGAGAGAGAGAGAGAGGGAGAGAGAGAGAGAGAGAGAGCCGCGAUAGCACGGAAUUGUCCGGUAUAAUCUCGUAAAACCCGCGGAGGGGAGUGAGAGUCCAUCCGCGGGCGAGCGGCCAGGCGUCGUUACGAAUCGGGCAAACUGCGGCGGCUAGCUCCGUGCCGUUCCGCCCCCUCCUCCCCAAACAGGUGAAACGAUUGCGGGAGAUUAUCAAAGCGCCGCCGUCGCUUUGGGAGAAGCGACGUGUUUAACGAGUCCAAGUGGGAGCCCGUGCUGAGAUGUUGAAUCGUGCCCGCGAGAGAGAUCCGUUCGGCCAGUCCGGCUAGAUCGGAUGAUAAGUUAUACUUCGCCGUGCAACUCUCUCUCUCCGGAUCCGGAACGUACUCAACGCGCGAGUGAUAAAACGCAGUGCGGCGAACCGUGAGGAGGGUCCGGCGUUACCGCGGCGGGUCUCGCAGCCGCGAGGGAAUUCAAUCGCGAAAUGGACCGCGCGAUAUUUGAAUACUCGCGCAGCUUGCCGCGGAGAAGUUCUCGGUGAAUCUCGCUCGCCCCUUCUGCCCCCCCCCCCCGCCCCUGGCCACCACCGAGUGCGUACCGCGCGCGCGAUCGGACCGAGGCCACUUUCGAAGGCACGCUUCUCCGAAACACUUCGUGCUCACGGUCGUCCGGAUGUCCGUCCGGACACUGCACUCCUCGAGGUACGGUCCGAGUGUUUCGGGAUCUCUCGCACGCGGUCGUUUCGCGCGAGUUUACGGGCGUAAUUAAUUUCGAGAACGCUGUGCGACGCAGAGAGAAGAGGUGCACGUCCAGAUGGAUCACGUGCACGUCAAGUCGAGAUCGGCCUCGAAGAGCAACCCGACGAAGAUGGCCUGCGAGAAGGCGUCGAGACGCCUCAGGACGAUCCUCGUGAGGGCGUCCCGUCUCGGUGUCUCGACGGCGGACGUCGCCAGGCUACCGGCGGCCAAAAAGCUUAUUCCGCAAAGGGAUCACGGCUGGAAAUUGGCUGUAUUUCUUCUCCUCAUGUUCGGGGGCGGAGUGAUCGUCGCCUUGGUCUGCAACGCCAGGAAAGGGUGCUCCAAACUGGAGGAUAUCAAUUUGGCGACCUAGCCGUUGCAACCUAUUGUUUCUCGGAAACCGGUAGUAACGGCGGCGACGGCAACAACGACUAUGACUAGGAUAGCGACGGCGACGGUGACGGCGACGCCGACGGCGACGGCGGCGACGGCGGCGACGACGUCGAUGCUGACGGCGACGACGGCGGCGACGACUGCGACGAAGGAUCGUCCGAACAUGAAGUCCACUACGUACCGACGCGGAAGCAGCUGGCAGGACAACGAUCCGGACGCGAAUUAUUCAGAAGGCCCCGAAAUCACCUCGAGACGGCGAGACGCCGCGCUCAGCUGCACCCGGUGGCGCGAUUCAUCGUCACCUGACAGCGUCGUGCUGGAGGACAACGGUGGAGUGACGAUACUGAGAGCGUGUUGAAUGUCGCGAGCGAGAUAGUGAGUGCCUGCUGUGCAGCCGCGAUCGACUGAUAAGACGUGUCCGCCGGGCUCGGUGACACGGUACUGACUUUUUUUCUACGGGUGGACCGAGUGAAAUGUCGUGACGUCGCGACGGCGUCGCGCGACGAGCGGGAGCUUAUUGUGGGUCGAGAGGGAAGAAGACGAGCCGCGAAUGUCGAGUCUUUCUGCACCUUUGCGUUUUAACACAACCGAGGGCUUAACGGGACGUAAGCGUGCGUUUGAAAUUUCAAAUUGUCAUUGUCGCCGCGCGGCGGCUGGUUGAGUGAAAUUUUCGUUCCGCUUCUCGUGACGGUCUACGAAUGUUCUCAGCGACGAUUUCAGGCAGCCUUCCAAGCAAGCAAUAAACGAGCGAAUGGAUGAUUUGGUACACGAGCAUCAAUAGUUACUUUUACGCGCGUGCUCGAGCAUUCCUUGACCGAAAUUCCUCGCUAGCUCUAAACGCGCGCUCGCGCGCAGCAUUCCUUGAAAAAAUUCUUCUUACAGCAUGCGCGCGCUCGCGCGCGAGCUCGCCUUACGUCGCGAUCACAUGCAUUCGGAAAAUUGACCGCUUUAUUGCUCGCUCUUACGUCUUCUUUAGAGAAUUUCUCGUACAUGUCUACGAAGAAACCGGGGGUACAAUUACGCGAGGGAACGAGAAGUAUUUUCGAGAGCGAGCGUUUCCCUUGAAAAGCAGACGGGUUUAGGUGCUCGCUGCGGCGAGCGAGCCUGUCGAAUGAACACGCUGAAACGUGAAAUUAAGGAAAACUACAGGCGAGGCGAACAAGAAAAAUGGAACUUGGCGAACUCCCGUCGGGCACGCACGCGUUUUCGCGUGCCCCGGGCGAAUUACGAAGAUAUUCUUACGUACAUAUUUAUAUUUGUCUCUCUUGACGUUCUGUUCCCGCGAUCACACAAAUCACACAAAUUAUCGCGAUCCUCCCCGGAAUCUAUUUUACGCGCGUAAUGGCGAAUGGCGAAUUUCGGGAAACGCCGCGUGAAUAGCGCCCGGCGGGAAAAAAUAUGCUGAAAUAUACGAUCCCUGCUCGCGCGCUCAUCCUAGUCGCGCGUACAAAAAGACGCGCGAUGUGUACACGUUAAGACCGUAUCACACUAGCGACUCGCGACUGCGACUGCGGCUGCGAUUGCGAUUGCGACUCUUCCUCGACCACUCAGAAAGCAGCGACUCGCGGCUGCGACUCGCGACUGUCGCUUGGACGGCUUUCUCUGAUCGGUCGAGGAAGAAUCGCAAUCGCAAUCGCAAUCGCAGUCGCGAGUCGCUAGUGUGAUACGGUCUUUAUGCGUGUACCACACUAGCGACUCACGACUGCGGCUGCGGUUGCGAUUGCGAUUGCGAUUCUUCUUCGAGCAGUCAGAAAGCAGCGACUCGCGGCUGCGACUCACGACUGUCGUUUGCACGGCUGUCCAUUUUUCGAGUCGCAGCCGCAGUCGCAACCAAUCACGGAACUCCGUAUAAUCACGUGACGCGCUCGUCAUAAUCACAUUUAUUUAAUAGUAUGUAGAAGUGGGUGAUCAUUAAAAUAAGGUUAUCUCUAGCGUUGUUUUAUGUGUUACAUAUUUUUUUUAAAUGUCGAAACAAUUUAAUAAGGAGAUGGACUAUUAUUUAGUAGAUCUCGUAGAAUGUAAACCCCUUCUCUGGGAUUGUACGUGUGACAGUAUGUUAACAGUAUUUAGCCGCAGCCGCGAUCGCCAAUCGCAAGUGUGAUUGGACAACAAGAAAUCGCAAUCGCAAUCGCAGUCGCAGUCGCAGCCGCGAGUCGCUGGUGUGACACGGUCUUUGCGUGUUAAGUCCCCAGCAUUUGCGUUUGUGUGACACUUCGAUCUCGCGAGGAUCGUGACGUUUGAUUCUUCGUUCGAUCGUUAAACGUGACGCUUCAAACAAGGGAAAAACGGACUUUAUAUUUCGCGGUAAUUCUUACGAUAUCACGUUACGCGGAGCCCGCGGCCGCUUAUGAAUAUUUCACGAAGUCGAAGGUCGCCUCUGAAUUUGUACGAGGCGGAGGAACGAAGCAGGCAUAUAUAACAAAUUUAUCGAACGCUGGAGAUGUGACAGAAGCGCGAACCGAAGAGUGAGUGAGUGAGUGAGAGAGAGAGAGAGAGAGAGAGAGAGAGAGGGGAGGGGGAGGCAUCCAACAAAGUAGAAAAAGUCGAUCCCUCGGCGACUCGGGCACGCGUCAUCGCGUGUUUCGAACAAAUUAGCGAUUCCUGACUCCGCUAUAGCUGAUUUAUUCGUCGCGGUAUGCAUCGUUCAACAAAUUAUCUUCGUUCCCGUCGAGCACGUGCGCUGUGAAUUGAAUAUGUGCAAAAAUUGCCGGGAACAGCGCGUAAAAGUUUUGCAGACGGAAGGGCUUUAAUCAAUUCCCCGAGUGCUAAUAGAAAGUAACUUUUGGAUGGUAACUCCCAUCCGCUAAUUUAAAUUUAUGAGAGCCUCGCGUUAGUUAUCGGUAUAGCGAUUUGUUGUUGCUGCAGAGCCACAGAGAGGGGGGGAGAGAGAGAGAGAGAGAGAGAGAGAGAGAGAGA